GCACUUGACUCAUCAGCGCCCAACCUGCCUGUGCUCUCCAAGCCAGCCUCCCAUCCGUGUGCAAAGCCAGUGAGACCCUCUGCCUCCUGCCUCUCUAAGUGCAUGGCGAUCCAAUUUGCAACUCACAUGCUCAAGCCAGAGGAGAUGCAGGGAGAAGAGAGAGAAAGAAGCUCCUGUCUCCCUCCAUGAAGCUGCAGAGCAAGAAGCCAGCGCUGGCAAUUCGAGUGCAUAUGUCUGCUGAUGGCACGCUAAAGGAUCUGCUGGGCUCCGAGUUCAAGAUCAACAUGGAUCUAAGAGCCAGCCUGAGACAAAUGAAAAAGGAGGUGAAGGAAGAGGAAGUGAAACAAGCAAAAGGCCACCAUGUCUGAGAAAAAGCUGACGUCGAGCCGCAGGCAUCACCUGAAGAGCCUGAUGCUUGCGAUCGCCAAGGGUUUACUGGAGGCAGAAGCAGCUGAGGCAGAACAAGAAAGAAAGAGGUACAUGGAGGAGCACUGCCCGCCAAUAUCCAUGCCAGACUCGCUGCAGGAAUUGCAGGAACUGUGCAAAAAGUUUCAACAGAAGAUCGACGUGGUUGAUGAGGAGAGAUACGACAUGGAAAGCAAAGUGAGCAAAUGUGACAAAGAGAUUGAGGACCUGAAAAUGAAAGUCCAGGACCUGAAGGGCAAGUUCAAGAAGCCGCCUCUGAGGAAAGUGCGUAUGUCUGCUGACGCUAUGCUGCAGGCUCUGCUGGGCUCCAAGCACAAGGUGAACUUGGAUCUGAGAGCCAACCUGAAACAAGUGAAGAAGGAGGUGAAAGAGGAGGAAAAGGAUUCAGUUGGUGACUGGCGUAAGAACAUCGAGGACAAGGCUGGCAUGGGUGGCAGGAAGAAGAUGUUUGAGGCAGAUGCUUAAAUGAGUUAUCAUUGUGGACUUCCUGUUAUCUAGAUAGUACUCCCCAUUUUGACCUGGUGCCUUCAUUAUUUUGGUCUGUGUGUACAUGGCCAUCUUUUAUCUGAUUUGUCUGGGUAUAGCAUUAUGGUGUAUAACCACUUACCUCAAGAUCUCCACCUUACAGAUUUACAGCUAGUGUAUGUGAAAAAUACAUUCAAUGCCAA